AUAGCUCAAAUCAAGAUCACUUUUAUCACUUUUAUCACUUUAUCACUUUAUUACCACUGUCAUUAUUAUAUAAAUUUUCAAAGGAUGAGUGAUCUUGUGGGAACGUUUUCUCCAGAAUUAUGGACGUGUUCAUCGACAAAAUCACUAAUAGUCUCAAUUGAUGAUACCAAUGGUUGUUUUAAAUUCAAUCCAAUUUUCACUUAUCCCAUAUUUGGAGAUGCUGAGCAAAUCUUUGGGUACAAAAAUUUAAAAAUUGAAUUAAAAUUCGAUUCAAUAAACUACUUGCCAUUUUUAGAGGUGAAAUUUGAUGAGAAAUUGAAUAAUAAACAGAUCGAAGAUCCGGUUUUAAAACUAAAAGAGUUUUUACCCAGCUCAGUCAUAGUCCAAGAUGAAAAUAAAUGGAUCCACCAAUCCCUAAAGGAGAAUGAACUUGCUAGUAAAGAUAAUUUCAUAGACAAUUUACUCAAAGAAUUGGUUAAAAUCCACGAAUAUGAAAACAAUGGGAAGCAAUAUGAACUAUUUAAGGGGAAAUUGAAGAAUUUGAGACUGCUAGAGUUUCACAAGAGAAUACAAAUCUUUGUGUUAUUGUUCAUUGAGGCAGGAUCGUAUAUUGAUGAAAAUGACGACAAUUGGGACUACUAUUUUUUGUUUGAAAGACAAAGUAGUCAGUUGAAUAAGUUGGUUGGAUUUUGUACAGCUUAUUCAUAUUGGAAGUAUCCUGGUUUUAAAGAGUAUGAUAACCUAAGUGAAAGUCAGUUGUUGGAGAAUAAGUUUUAUAAACGAAUCAAGAUUUCUCAGUUUUUGAUCUUACCACCAUAUCAAAAUCAAAGACAUGGAUUUAAGUUGUAUAAUUCGCUAUUUGAUUAUUGGUUUAAAGACGAGUUUAUCCAGGAAAUAACCAUAGAGGACCCCAGUGAGAGGUUCGAUGACUUGAGAGACAAAUGCGACUUGAUCAGAUUGUCGUCCACCAAGAUCAAUUUGAUCAGCAGCAAGAACUUGAAUUUUGCAAAGAUCAAUUCCAGCAACUGGCUAGCUGACAAGCAGAGGGAAAACAAAAUGGAGAAACGACAGUUCCUUAGAUGCAUCGAAAUGGGCUUGGUCUACUGGAAGCAGAGGCUCCAUCUCAGUGAGCGAGAGCUCAGGCUCUUUGUGAAAAGAAGGCUCUACGAGAAGAACAAAGAUGCUCUUGAUAGUCUUGAAGAUCCCAGCGAAAGGAAGAACUUGUUGGAGAUUGCAUAUGAGAGGGUGAAGAAGGACUACGAGAGGCUUUUGGAGGGAUUGGAGUUGGAGAACAACAAGCGAUCGAUAGACGAGAGCUGAGAGCAAUGCAGCGCAGCCAUUUUUGCUUUGAACACUUGCUGCUUCAGUCAUAAUUCCAUCAUUUUUGAGAAACAAUUCAGCUUUAAAUCAGAGUUAUUCAGUUAAUUCAGGCUUAAUCUGGCUCUGAGGCCUCAACAAGCAACCCCAGGGGCAGUGAGCAGAGUGUGCCGUUUCCAUGGGGGAAUGCACGUAGUGGGAGGAGGUACCUCGGUGCGUUGCUCUGCUUUUGUAUGGGAAACGUCCCGUUCGUGUGGGGGAGGAGCCAUCAACAACGAUUGCUCCCAGUUUUGAUUCCAAUUGUGGUCACUGAGCUUAUAAAAAGAAUUAAAUUUGCUGAAAUGAACUUGUUUGGUGCGAAAGGAAAUACACUACACAGUCUAUAUAGAUACUCUAAUAUAUUUUGUUUUAUC